CGCCCCGCAGCCGCUCGAAGUGUUUCGAAACAGCACAGAGUUCCCCCGACGGACUUCUUCCACGAAGAGCCGCAAGUUCCCGCGGACAGCCGCAGACCGCCUCCCACACAGGCCGCUCCCCCUGCCGCUGGGUCGGGGCCGUGUGACGGGAUCCGGCUCCGAGUUUCACGGCGCCCGGCCCGCCUCCGCCUCAGGAACAGCGGCAAAACACUGGAUUUUUUUUUUUAAGUCUGCAAGAGUAGUGUUAUUAGUUAAGAUGUCCUACUUAAUCAAUGGAGUUAAACAUUGCAGUCCUGUGAAUCAGAUCCACAAAGUAACAGGAGCUCUGUUUAAAGCGCACCUAUUAAGGAACACAUGGGGCAUCAAGGAGCAACAAUUAAAAAUCUCACGUGCAUUGUCUCAGCUUAGUUCUGAAAAGGCAAACUCUUAUAAUUAUGUCAUUGUUGGAGCUGGAUCAGCAGGGUGUGUGUUAGCCAACAGGCUGACUGAAGACCCUCACAGUACCGUACUGCUUUUGGAAGCAGGCCCUAAAGACACCCUUUUAGGUAGUAAAAGACUACUGUGGAAGAUUCAUAUGCCUGCUGCAUUAACUUAUAACCUCUGUGAUGAGAAAUAUAACUGGUAUUAUCACACAACUUCACAGAAGCAUAUGGAUAACAGAAUUAUGUACUGGCCCCGAGGAAGAGUGUGGGGUGGUUCCUCUUCUCUCAAUGCAAUGGUAUAUAUUCGUGGGCAUGCAGAAGAUUAUAAUCGAUGGAGCAGAGAAGGGGCUAUAGGAUGGGACUAUGAUCAUUGCUUGCCCUAUUUUAAGAAAGCGCAGACACACGAGCUGGGAUCAGAUCGGUAUCGAGGUGGAGAAGGACCUCUUUAUGUGUCAAGGGGAAAAACAAACCAUCCUCUUCAUCAAGCAUUCCUGGAUGCAACCCAGCAAGCUGGGUAUCCCUUCACAGAUGAUAUGAAUGGUUAUCAACAAGAAGGAUUUGGCUGGAUGGACAUGACUAUACACCAAGGUAAAAGAUGGAGCACAGCUAGUGCUUACCUUCACCCAGCUAUAUCUCGCCCCAAUUUAUCAGUUACUGAGAAGACGCUUGUAACAAAGAUCUUGUUUCAAGGAACAAAAUCCAUUGGUGUUGAGUAUGUGAAAAAUGGACAAAGGGAAAAGGCUUUUGCCAGUAAAGAAGUUAUUUUAAGUGGAGGUGCCAUAAAUUCUCCACAGCUACUUAUGUUGUCUGGGAUUGGCAAUGCAGACGAUUUAAAAGAACUGGGGAUCCCUGUUGUGUGCCACCUUCCUGGAGUAGGCCGGAACCUUCAAGAUCAUUUAGAAGUGUACGUCCAGCACAAGUGCACAAAACCUAUUACUCUAUACAGUGCACAAAAGCCAGUUAACAUGGUGAGGAUUGGUCUAGAAUGGCUUUGGAAGUAUACAGGUGAGGGAGCCACUGCCCACUUAGAAUCUGGUGGGUUUAUCCGAAGUCAGCCAGGAGUUCCUCACCCCGACAUUCAGUUCCACUUUCUCCCUUCUCAGGUGAUUGAUCAUGGUCGGGUUGCUUCCACGAUGGAAGCUUACCAGGUCCAUGUAGGACCCAUGAGGAGUGCAAGUGUUGGCUGGCUAAAGCUGAAGAGUGCAGAUCCAAAGGACCAUCCUAUCAUUGAGCCUAACUACAUGUCGGAAGAAAGAGAUAUUUGGGAAUUCCGCCAGUGUGUCAAGUUGACCAGAGAGAUCUUUGCUCAGAAAGCUUUUGAAAAAUUUCGUGGACCUGAAAUUCAACCAGGAAACAACGUUCAGUCUGACAAAGAAAUAGAUGCCUUUAUAAGACAGAAGUCUGAUAGUGCUUAUCAUCCUUCUUGCACUUGUAAAAUGGGCCAGCCUUCAGAUAGCACCGCUGUAGUUGAUCCCCAAACAAAAGUAAUUGGUGUUGAAAAUUUGAGAGUAGUAGAUGCCUCAAUAAUGCCCAGUAUAGUCAGUGGGAACUUGAAUGCCCCUACUAUUAUGAUAGCAGAGAAAGCUGCAGAUAUAAUUAAGGGGCUCCCAUCACUUCAGGAGAAAAAUGUUCCUGUAUAUAAGCCCAAGACCUUGGAGAAACAACGAUAAACACUGUUGUCAUCCUUUCACAUUUUUGCCACUUAGUUUUUCAUCUGUGUGUUUGUAUCUCAAUUGGAAGGGCCAACAAAAUAAAUACCAUAGAAAAAUACACAUCACAGUAAAGCAGCUAUUAAUUUGGUCCAUUU